AUGCAUUUGGCUCGGAGCUUUGUGGUCUCCUGUCUGGUGGCGACGGGUCUUGCUUUGCCUAGUAGUGAUAUUACCAAGGAGGCACGCAGUGUGAAGUACGCACCUAAAGUGCCUCCCUUGACGACACCGUGGACCGACAAGGUGGGAACGAACCCCUGGCCCGAAUAUCCCCGGCCGUUGCUGCAGCGAAAGCAGUGGAAGAACCUCAAUGGAAUCUGGAAGUACCAGAGUGCAGCAAAUCUCGAUGCUGUUCAGAGCCCGCCUUUUGGGCAAGAGCUUGAACAGGAGGUGUUGAUUCCAUCUUGUCUUGAGAGUGCAUUGUCCGGGAUCCAAGCCGAUUCGGCUUUAUAUUCCUGGUUUUCAACCUCAUUCGAUGUCUCUCCUGCAUGGAAGGGUGAGCAGGUUGUGCUGAACUUCGGAGCUGUAGACUACGAAGCCACAGUCUUUGUCAAUGGAAAGGAGGCAGGCUUCCACCGUGGUGGAUACUUCCGUUUCUCCUUGGAUGUGACAGAGCACCUAAAGUUCGGCGAGAAGAAUGAGCUGCUGGUCUUCGCGCAUGACCCCACAGAUUCUGAUGACUAUGUCAUCCCCAUUGGAAAGCAGACCCUGAGGCCAAGUCACAUCUUCUAUACUCCUUGUAGUGGAAUCUGGCAAAGUGUCUGGCUCGAGGCUGCUCCCUCCAACCACAUUACCAACCUGGAUAUCGACGCAAACAUGCAUGGUCAAGUCAACAUCACUGUGCACAGCUCCGCCAAGGAUACAUCUGCCCAGGCUGAGGUCACCGUCCACAAGGAUGGAAAGACCGUUGCAACUCACAAAGGCCCCACCAACAAGCCGUUCCAGUUCAAGGUGUCCUCACCUAAGCUUUGGUCCCCAGACUCUCCUGAAUUGUACGAUGUGACCGUCAAACUAGGCAACGACAAGGUGGAGAGUUAUACCGGCUUCCGUACAAUCUCCCGCGGCAAGGUUGACGGAAUCGAGCGACCUUUGCUUAAUGGAGAAUUCAUUUUCAUGUUCGGUACCCUGGACCAAGGUUAUUGGCCCGACGGACUCUACACACCCCCGAAUCUGGAGGCGAUGGUGUACGAUCUGAAGUUCCUCAAGAAAUUGGGUUUCAACAUGGUCCGCAAGCACAUCAAAGUCGAGACCGACCUCUUCUACCGAGCAUGCGAUGAGAUUGGCCUACUCGUGAUCCAGGACAUGCCCUCCCUGCGCCCGCUCCAGAAUGUUCUACCGAAUGAGGAGCAGCAGGUCGAGUUCGGACGGCAGAUGGACCUCUUGGUUAACCAGUUCAAGAGCUACCCCAGUAUCGUGUCUUGGGUCGUUUACAACGAAGGCUGGGGCCAAAUCACCGACUACUUCCCCGAGUUCGCCUUAACCGAGCGAGUGAGACAGCUGGACCCCACUCGCCUCGUGGACUCAACAACCGGCUGGUUCGACCACGGCGCAGGAGACUUUAGCGACAACCACCACUACGCUAACCCACAAUGCGGCACGCCCUUCUACUCCACACAGUCGAGCCCCUACGACCCCAGCCGGAUCGGGUUCCAAGGUGAAUUCGGCGGCAUUGGCACCAAUGUUUCCAUCGAGCACCUCUGGAACAACCAGGCAGCCAUCGACACGAUCGACCAAACCUAUGAGAUUGAUGAGACCAUCGACGCAUGGAAUUAUCGCAGUCACCGUCUGCUCGAUGAGCUCGAGGACCAGAUCCGGUUGUAUGCUUGCAGCGGUGGUGUCUGGACCCAGACCACCGAUGUCGAAGGUGAGGUCAAUGGGUUGAUGACCUACGACCGGCGCUUGGAGAGAGUCGACGUCAAGCAGUGGAAGGAGGAUAUCAAGGCUCUGUAUGAGGCUGCGGCUGCGCGCUCAUAA